ACUAAUUUCAUAACACUACGUACUAGAUUUUCGAUAAUUGUAUAAAUUAGCUCAUCACAUCAAAUAUAUCCACUCUCUCUUCAAAAUGGUUGGUCGAUUUGUUGUUCCUAUAAUCUCUCUAGUGGUGGUGCUAAGCGGCAUCAUCUCUAGCGAAGCACAACUAUCAGCCACGUUCUACGACGCUACAUGCCCCAAUGCAUCUACAAUCAUCCGCAACUCCAUCCGCAGCGCUAUUUUGGCCGAGCGGCGGAUGGCAGCGUCCCUCAUCCGCCUCCACUUCCACGACUGCUUCGUUCAGGGAUGUGACGCUUCGAUCUUGCUAGACGAGACCUCCAUCAUCCAAAGUGAGAAGUCGGCCGGACCCAACGCUAACUCCGUUAGAGGAUACGAGGUUAUCGAGGCAGCUAAGCGCGAGGUGGAGCGUGCCUGCCCCGGCGUUGUCUCUUGCGCUGACGUGCUCACCUUAGCCGCACGCGACGCCUCUGUUGCUGUUGGUGGUCCAUCAUGGAGCGUGAAACUGGGAAGAAGGGAUUCUACGACCGCUAACCAAGCCGUGGCCAACACCGAUCUCCCGAAUCCAUUUUCGGGCCUUCAAGUUCUUAUUGACGCUUUUGACAAGAAGGGUCUUAAUGCAAGAGACAUGGUUGCUCUAUCUGGAGCGCACACAUUAGGUCAAUCCCAAUGCUUCUUGUUCCGUGGGAGGAUAUAUAGCAAUGGUACUGACAUUGAUGCCGGCUUCGCCAGCACUAGGAGGCGAGGCUGCCCCCGGACCGGCGGCGACAGCAACUUGGCGGCGUUGGAUUUGGUGACGCCGAAUUCAUUCGACAACAACUAUUUCAAGAAUUUGGUGCAGAGGAAGGGACUGCUGCAGUCGGAUCAAGUUCUCUUCUCCGGAUCAACGGCCGCCAUCGUGUCUCAGUACAGUGGAAAUCCGAAGACUUUCGCCGCCGACUUUGCGACUGCGAUGAUCAAGAUGUCGGAGAUUGAGCCAACUCUCGGACAGAAUGGAAUCAUAAGAAGGGUUUGCAGCGCCGUUAAUUGAAGAUAUCCUCUCUCUUUUCUUUUUCGCUUCGUAGUUAGCAUGCGUGCAAAUUUCGGUAUUCAAUUACUCACUAUUUUUUACCACCUAUAGUCUCACUAUUUAAUUUACCAUGUGAUUUUGUAAUUUAUGAUUGAUACACCAAUCAAUGAAUUGUUUAUUUCAGUU